AUUUCAGGUGUUCCAACAACGGUGGACCUGGAAAACAAUUCCAACCAGAAAAAGUAUACCGUCAAUCAGAAUUCCGGAAAGGGUGGCUUGUAUAUAUCGAAACCGCUUUGCACCCUGAUGGCGAUCGGGGCAGUUUUGCUUGCCUUAUUGGUGGGACUUGUUGUGUUCUUCCUUGUGCCUCGUACUGAAUGCAGUGCCAUAGAGACUGUAGAAAAUUUAACCAAAGACAAUUUAUUUAAGGCUGAAGAAAUUGAUGAAAGACUUCCUAGGAAUGUGAUACCCUAUUAUUAUAGCAUACAAUUAUUACCAAAUUUGCUAAACGAAACAACAGAAGGAAAAGAAUCGAUUCACCUAAAUAUAAAAGGAGAUACAAAUGAAAUUAUUUUCCAUUUAAAUGAAAUUAAGAUCGACACACAUUCCGUAAAACUAAUUCAUAAUAAUAGUGAAAUUGCAAUUGACAAUCAGGACUACAUAGACGGCCAAAGAUAUAAAAUUGUAACGAAACAACCACUUAUAAAAAAUGCCGAUUACGAAUUAAAAUUUGACUUUACUGGAAAUCUCAACAAACAUUUACAAGGAUUCUACAAAAUUUCGUACCAAGAAAACCAAAUUGAACAAAAUGCUGCUAGUACACAAUUUUCUCCAACCGAUGCGCGUAGGGCUUUCCCUUGUUUUGACGAACCUUUCUUUAAAGCCCAAUUUAAAAUUAAGAUUGGAAGGCCUUCAAAUUUAAUUAGUUUAUCAAAUAUGAACUUGAAAGAAACCUCACCAAUUUUGGAAAUGUCUGGAUGGAACUGGGAUACCUACCACGUAACCCCAAAAAUGUCAACAUAUCUGGUGGCGUUUAUGGUAGCAAAUUUGACAACUCUAAGUCCACAAGGCAAUUUCAUUCGUGUUUGGUCACAACCAAGUUUGGUUGAGCAGACCCGCUACGUCAACGAGCUUGCACCAAAAAUACUUAAAUUUUUCGAAAAUUAUUUUAAUAUCUCCUUUCCUCUGCCCAAAAUUGAUAUUGUUGCUGUACCAGAGUUUGGAUUUAGUGCCAUGGAAAACUGGGGACUAUUAACUUUUAGAGAGAGCACUUUACUCUUUGAUGAAUCCACUACCACUACGGAACAAGAAACAUCGAUUGCUUUAGUUUUGGGACACGAAAUAGCUCAUCAGUGGUUUGGAAAUUUGGUGACACCGAAAUGGUGGAAUGAUUUAUGGUUAAAGGAAGGUUUUGCUACCUACUUGGAAUACCUUGGUGUUAACAACGCACUUCCCUACUGGAAGGUAGUUGACGAAUUUGUUGCCUCAGAAACAACAAAAGCUUUCGCCAUAGAUGCAUUGGAAUCAUCGAGGCCCAUAUCCUUCACUGUUAUCAACAGCAGGCAAAUCAGACAAACUUUUGACGAAAUAUCAUACUCCAAAGGUGCCUCAUUGAUAAGAAUGAUGAAUCAUUUUUUGGGCGAAGACACCUUCAGGCAUGGAUUGAUUAACUACUUGAACCGCUACAAAUAUGACAACGCUGAUCGCGACGAUUUAUUCGCAAGUUUAACAGAGGAAGCGCAUAAAACUAACGCAUUGGAACCUAACGAUACGGUUAAAGUUAUUAUGGACAGCUGGACAGAGCAGGCUGGUUUCCCAGUUGUUUCUGCCAUUGGCGAUUAUGUAAACGGAAGGGUUAAAUUAUCGCAGAAAAGAUUUUUGCUUACCAGUUCCAAGGAAUACGAUACCUCAUGGUGGGUACCCAUUUCAAUGACAACUGAUUUGAAUGAAAACUUCGCAGAUACCAAACCUGCAGUUUGGAUGCGAGGAGAAAAACAAUUGGAAGCUAAAAUAGACUACAGGAACUGGUAUUUACUUAACAUUAACCAAACAGGUUAUUACAUUGUGAAUUACGAUGAACGCAACUGGAGGUCUAUUAUUGAAAAUAUAAUGCAUUUUCCACCUUUAACAAGAGCCCAACUCAUCAGCGAUGCUAUGGACCUGGCCAGGGCAAGCUUGCUAGAUUACGACAUACCUUUGAGAUUGCUUUCCAAAAUGGCCGUAGAAGAUGCAUCAGUUAUGUUUAUACCAACUAUGGUAUCUUUGAAUAAAUUAAAAUUCUUUAAUAAUAUUUUAAGUAACACGCCCAUCUAUGGAUUAUUCCAAGCUUACCACCAAACAAUAUUUGGAAAUACUUACGGCUUGGUAAAAUUGGAAGAAGAUGCUAGAAUUUAUGAUUACAUUACCAAAAGAAUACGUACUGUUGUUUUGGAAUGGUCCUGUCAAAAUGUGGAAUCGCCAUGCUCGUAUGCCUCUCGGGAUUAUUACAGAAAAUGGAUGACAGAUAGGAAAAUAAUAGUUCCUAAAAAUUUGAGACAAAUUGUUUAUUGCACUGCUAUUCGCGAGGGAACACAUUUUGAGUGGGACUUCGCUUACAGUCAGUAUCUCAAAACAAACGUUCCGGCUGAGAAAAACGUUUUAUUAGAUGCGCUGGGUUGCACAAAAGAAAAAUGGUUGCUUUCAAGCUAUUUGGAUAAAUUGAUUGAUGAAAAUUCUAGUAUUAGGAUUCAAGAUGCAGAUCGAGUCUUUGAUUCUGUAUCCCGCCACAGAGUCGGGACCUCCUUGGCUUUUGACUUUUUGAGAAAACAUUGGAACAAGUUACAGGAACAAUAUGGCGAUGGAUUUAAUAUUCUAGCUAAAAUGGUUAAAUCAUUAGCGCCAAAUAUGAACUCUGAAUUUCAAUUGGAAGAGUUAACUAGAUUCAGGGACAGUAUUAAAGCAAAUAUAAGUACUACAAGACAAGGAUUCGACAGUGCAAUUGAAACUGUUAAAGCUAAUGUUGAAUGGAUGCAGAAAAAUUAUGAUUAUGUUGAAAAAUGGUUGACGGAUCAUAAAGACAAAUAUAUUUUUUAA